GCCGAGAGGAACGGACCGGAUAGAAACAGAGCGACCGAUUCUUGUUCCGUUACCGACACUUUCCGGCCUGUGAUCUGGUUCUGCCAUGGAACCUUCUUCUGAGACCGGCAUGGAGCCGCCCCUCAGCCAGGAGACCUUCGAGGAUUUGUGGAGCCUGUUGCCGGACCCCCUACAGACCGGGACAGGUCAGAUGGAAAACUUUGCGGAGUUUUCAGAGUACCCCCUGGCGCCAGACAUGACGGUUCUGCAGGAAGGGCUUAUGGGUAAUACCGUGCCCACCGUGACUUCGUCUGCUGUCCCCUCAACUGAGGAUUACGCAGGGAGCUACGGGCUCAAAUUGGAGUUCCAACAGAAUGGAACCGCAAAGUCUGUUACCUGCACAUACUCCACCGACCUCAACAAGCUCUUCUGCCAAUUGGCCAAGACCUGCCCUUUGCUGGUCCGUGUGGAGAGACCCCCGCCGCUCGGCUCCAUUCUCCGGGCUACGGCCGUGUACAAGAAAUCCGAGCACGUGGCCGAGGUGGUCAAGAGGUGCCCCCACCAUGAGCGCAGCGUGGAGCCAGGGGAUGACCCUGCCCCUCCCAGUCACCUGAUGCGCGUGGAGGGAAAUUCAAAGGCUUAUUAUAUGGAGGAUGUUGGUACCGGGCGCCAUAGUGUCUGUGUGCCCUAUGAGGGCCCUCAGGUCGGAACCGAAUGUACCACCGUUCUGUACAACUAUAUGUGUAACAGCUCGUGUAUGGGUGGGAUGAACCGCCGGCCCAUUCUCACUAUUAUCACCCUGGAGUCCCCAGAGGGGCUGCUGCUUGGCCGCCGCUGCUUUGAGGUUCGUGUGUGCGCCUGCCCCGGGAGGGAUCGUCGCACAGAAGAAGAUAAUUGCACAAAGAAACGGGGCCUGAAACCCAACGGGAAGAGAGAGCUUUCUCACCCACCAUCCAGUGACCCUCCACUUCCCAAGAAGCGCCUUGUUGAGGAGGAUGAUGAAGAGACCUUCACCUUGCUGAUUAAGGGGCGGAGCCGCUAUGAGAUGAUAAAGAAACUGAAUGACGCACUUGAAUUACAAGAGAGCCUCGACCAGCAGAAACUGUCCAUAAAGUGCCGCAAGUGCCGGGACGAGAUCAAACCCAAGAAAGGGAAGAAGCUGCUGGUGAAAGAUGAGCUGCAGGACUCCGAGUGAGACCCCGACGGGAGCCAGCACUUGGGGGGCAUCGGUGGCCGGUUCUCCGACUUUUGUUUUUUUUGUUUUGUUUUUUUUUUAAGCUCUGUCCCUCCUUUUAGCUAGUUUAGAGGGUCCGCAUUGCCCUUGGGGGGCCCGCUAGUUCUAUAUGGCACCCAAUAUUAUCCAGUCAUUAUGUGUUUGGGGGCUCAAUUACACUGUUUACUCUGUAUCAUUGUAAGAGAUGGGGGUACACCCCCCCACCCUGAUAAUGCAUUUAAGGAAAAUGAAUGUCAUAUUGUUGUGGCCCACGAACAAAGUACCAAGGUCCCCCUGGCCCGCCCAGUCUGUGGUUCCAGUGCAUUAUGGGGCACUGGGUCAGGCUGUGUGGGUCACCCAAUCAGUGAGGUGGCACCCCACUUGGGUAAAGGGAGGGCCUCUACUCCUGCCAACCUGUUAGUCAUUGACUCCUGUAAGGAGGAGCUAAUGCAGUGGGGGAGGGGCUUAAGGACAGGCAAAAUAGUUCCCUUUCCAUUGGCCAAAGUGAUGGUGUUGGCCCUUACUGGGGCUGAAUCCCAUAAUGCAUCUGUAGGGCUCGGGACGGCCCAGUGUACGCAUCAGAGGGUGGAGCUUCCUGCAGAUUGAGUUGAAUUCCCCCUUGAGUGGGGAAUGUAUUGGAGUGGGAUAGGCCCCGCCCAUCCAGGGUUCUGCUGACUGCCACCUUAUUAUGUAACCCUGUGGGUGAGGGUGUGAAUGGUAUGUGCCCAGUGUGGGAGGGAUAUAACUGCCACUCCUACCCCCCCAUACAGACUCUCCUGGCAUGCCAGCAUGGUGGGCACUGUAUGGGUUCAUUGCUGCUCCGGUGUAGUGGCACCUAUGCCUCUGGGGGUGCUAGAGAGCUCAGGGAGUUUCCCAGGCAGGGGCAAUAAGAGGCCCGGGGGGUAAGAUUUAGGCUCUGAAGGGCAGUUAUAUCGACAUUUCAUGGAGAUUAGCGCCACAUUUCCUCCCUUCAGCGCCAAAUGGGUUAUGGGCAUCAAUGGGUUAUGGGCAUCAUUAUUCGGUUGCUGGGGCUCCCCCAGAUCUGCCCCUGUCUCCCCCCCCAAAUGUGCCCCUGUCUCCCCAUAACCUUCCUUUUUACUAACACUCACUGCCAAUGAAUUUUGUAUCUUCUUUUUUUAAUAAAAAAAAAUCCAGUAAUC